ACGUUCGACGUCUAUGCAGUGAUGUUUAUUGCUCGAAACCUUGUUUUUUAUGUACUUGGCGUCGCGACGCUACCGCGUCGCUUGAUAGAGGAAAAAAUCAAUCUUUUUUUAUUUUAUCGAUUUGUGCUGCAAGAUAUGAUUAUCAGAUCAUUAUACGAAUGGCCAAAUUAUCAAUAUUUAUUAUUAACCCUUUGAGUGCUAUGGGCAUAUAUGCGUCCGGAGAAAAAUAUUGGCAUGUUAAAUAUUUUAUUUAAUAUAGCGUAAAUAAAGAAUUAAAAUAGUAAAAUAGAAUUAAAAAUAUUUAGUUGCACGGUGUAUAGUCAAUUGGUAUUUCGAGUACGCGGUACGCGAGAAAGUAUCCGUUCACAGCAAUCACAAUUGCGAGCCGCGCGCGUGCCGUCAACAGAGCGUUUAAAUCUGAAGAGCUUCACACUCAAAGAGUUAAAUAUUGAAAAAAUUGCAUUCAUUAUUGCUUCCUGAAGAAAUAAAUGUAUAUUGCUUGAUAUAUAUAAAUGAUACGUAUAAAAUAUUUAUAAAAAGCAAUACAAUGAAUUACAUUGCAUUAAUUAUGUAGUUUUUUACUAUUAUUACGUGAUACAUACGGGCCUGUCAUUCCUUAGAGAGUUAUAACGUUAUCGUUCUCAGUAUCAUAUCCACUAAUUGCAUGCGGUAGUGAGUAAUGUGACUUCCGUGAAGAAUGCCUCGGAAGAGAUGUCAAUUUGCAGCCGCGGCACAGGGUUUACCGUAGUCACAUUCAUAACAUCAUUACAUUAAUUAGUACAGAAUAAAACUGCAUGUAGGAAGCAUGCUGCUUCUUGUGUUUUUCACAAUCCUAGUGACGGUCACCGCUUUAGAGAGUAAUCGAUCGGAGAAAAAAUCUGAAGAAUCAUGGAAAGGAAAUUUUACCCCAUAUAUUCAUUUGGAGACAUUGAAUGAUAGCGAGGACAACGCUGAAAAGCCUCUUGUGCCGCUAUGCUGUCAUAUUGAUGCAUUUCUUAUUAAAGACGAAUGUGUGAAAGAUGCAGCGAAUGAAACGAAGGCAUUACAGUUCCCAACUAUUUAUGGAACCAAUCUUACCGUACCGUUAAACAUCACCGUGAAUGAUCUCCGAAAGCAUUUCUCGUUCGUGGUACAGCAUCCAUGCGAUGGGAAUCGAUCUCUCCUGAUUCCACACGUUCACAAGACCGAGUGGUAUCUCCUGUCAAACGGUUCCAUAAUACGAGCCUUAGUUUUUGAUAAGUCGGAAGAUCGUCUAUUGAAUUAUCAUGAAUAUUGUUUAGCGAGGGUAAAAAAACAAAAAUAUCUAUUGGUCCACGAGUACCUAUUGGUCCACUGUUUAAAUACAAGUCAAGUAGAAGAAGAAGAAGAGAAGGGAAAACAAGAAGAGGAGGACGACUUAGUAGUGUAUUUUUACGCACUAGUUAUUUCUGUGCCAUUUCUGAUCGCUACGUAUCUUGUGUACUGGCUACUGCCCGAUUUGAAUAAUCUACAUGGUUUAACGCUGCGGGGAUAUGUCGGCUGUAUGGCGAUAACGAACUGCAUUUGUGCGACGACGCAUUUGAUUCCGCAUGAAUGGUUUUCUGAAGUCUUCUGCAUCGUAAUCGCUCUCAUUAUCACCUCUUCAUUUUCGGCAAGUUUCUUCUGGCUAAAUGUGAUGUGCUUCGACAUUUGGUGGACAUUUGGACAAUCCUUUUCAAAUGCAUUUUGUAGACGAAAACCUUGGCCAUUACAAGGAAACAUAAAGCAACGAGAGAAAAAGAGAUUUAUGAUGUAUUCGAUCUAUGUGUGGGGAGGCGCCUUCAUUCAUACUGUCAUUUGUAUUAUAAUGGAUUUUACUUCAAUUCUACCGAAUGACUCUAUCCGGCCAGAAUUCGAUAUGUGUUGGUUCGGUACGGAGACAGCAGAGUUUCUAUACUUUUGGGCACCCAUCAGUAUUAUUAUCGUCUGUAAUAUUUGCCUGUUUAUACACACAGCGUUGAAAAUUCGGAGCCUUAGAAAAAAUAUAGCUCAACAAUUACAAGGUUCGGAAAGUAGGCGUCACGAUGACAAUAGGCAACGGUUCAGCUUAUAUUUGAAGUUGUCCGUGGUAAUGGGUUUAAGUUGGUCUAUGGAGAUUAUAACGUGGUUAAUGGAAAUGCUAUUAAAUAGCCUGCCGGAGUUUAUUGAGGACAUCAGUAACUUAACAAACAUUUUGCAGGGUCUUAUCAUCUUCAUUAUAUGCGUUUGGAAUAAUAAGACCUGGCAUUUGUUGCUCAAACGAUUGGGUUGCCAGGAUCGCGAUUUGUUUUGCAGAAAAUCGACAAAUAGUAAUAGCUCCGAUCCGAUGUCGAUGCAGAAGAUUUCUACAUGCAGUCAAACAUGCCAUGCACAAAAUUCACCUAAUUAAACUUAUUAUUAACACCCCCAGCAAACACAGUCAUAUAACAAUGAUAUUGCCAUAAUAUAACAGAAUGUAAC